GCUGUGCGUAUAAAAAAAAAAAAAAAAAAAAAAAAAGCAAAAAAUGGCAAAAUUCUCUUGUGAUUUCCGGUGCCUACUUAUUCCUGCAGCUGUUGCAUUCAUCUACGUCCAGAUGCGGCUUUUGGCUACACAGUCAGAGUACGCCGAUCGACUCGCUGCAGCUGUUGAAUCGGAGAAUCAUUGUACAAGUCAAAUGCGAUUGCUGAUUGAUCAAAUAAGCAUGCAGCAAGGACGAAUUGUGGCUCUGGAAGAAGAAAAGAAACGUCAAGAUGAAGAGUGUAGACAACUGAAAGCUCUUGUUGAAGAUCUUGAAAGCAAAGGCCUCCAAAGAGUGGUUGAUAAGGUACCAGUGGCAGCAGUUGUGAUUAUGGCAUGCAAUCGCGCUGAUUAUUUGGAAAGGACUAUUAAGUCUGUAUUGAAGUAUCAGAGCUCCGUUGCUUCAAAGUUCCCACUUUUUGUAUCCCAGGAUGGAUCCAACGCAGAUGUUAGAAGCAAGGCUAUGAGUUAUGAUCAGCUAAUUUACAUGCAGCACUUGGAUUCUCAACUAGUGUACCCAGAAAGGCCUGGAGAGUUGAUUGCAUACUACAAGAUAGCACGGCAUUACAAAUGGGCAUUGGAUCAACUAUUCUACAAGCAUAACUUCAGCCGAGUAAUCAUACUUGAAGAUGAUAUGGAGAUUGCCCCUGAUUUUUUCAAUUAUUUUGAGGCUGCAGCAGAUCUUCUUGACAAGGAUAAGUCCAUAAUGGCUGUUUCCUCAUGGAAUGACAAUGGACAAAAGCAGUUUGUUUAUGAUCCUUAUACACUUUAUCGGUCAGAUUUCUUUCCUGGACUGGGAUGGAUGCUUACUAGACCAAUAUGGGAUGAACUAUCCCCUAAAUGGCCAAAAGCUUACUGGGAUGACUGGUUGAGGUUGAAAGAGAAUCACAAAGGUCGACAAUUUAUUCGUCCAGAAGUGUGCAGAACGUAUAACUUCGGUGAGCAUGGUUCUAGUUUGGGCCAGUUUUUCAAACAAUAUCUUGAGCCUAUUAAGUUGAACGAUGUCCAGGUUGACUGGAAGUCCAUGGAUUUGAGGUACCUGAUGGAGGAUGAGUAUCCAAAGUAUUAUGCCAACAUUUUGAAAAAAGCUAAAGCUGUCCAUGGAAAUGAUGCUGUUCUGAAGGCGUAUAACAUAGAAGGCGAUGUGCGUAUCCAAUACAAAGACCAAUCAGACUUCGAACGAAUUGCACGCCAGUUUGGUAUUUUUGAGGAAUGGAAGGAUGGAGUACCGAGGACAGCAUAUAAGGGAAUCGUUGUUUUCCGAUAUCAAACGCAAAGACGUGUCUUCCUUGUGGGUCCUGAUUCACUGAGGCAGCUUGGUAUUGAAGAUGCUUGAUGCUAAUGUUUAAAUGAGAUAUCAGGGUUUCUAAGGAUUUAUGAACUGGGUGGAUUGACAAGCCAGGGUGAAAUGAUUCGUCGAUACGGUUUGGUUAUUCAGGUAGCAGUCUCGUACAUGCUUUUCCUCGCCAGUUUUUCCAAUUUUUUUUGUCCCAUUUCUGCAUUGAUAAUAUAUUGGAAGCUAAUUCUUGUGACUUGGCACCGUGUGUUCAGUUGUUCACUGCAUAAUGUUUUCACUGCAUACAGGUAAGAUUUCAUUAGGAAUUUUGUAGAUCUAAACUUUCUAACUCUUGCCAAUUUAUGAUGUAAGGCUCUUUCUCAAUGUAUGGUAAAUCCAAAGUUGAAUUGAUGUCCAACUCUUUUCUUUUUUUCUCUUUUUGAAAAGGAAAAGAAAUUUUCUAUUGAGAAAAUACUUUUAUUAAACCCCUCUUAUUUGCUAUGUUCUUGUAGUUUGUAACUUAGCUUUGCUAAUGUCAAAUCAUAGUAUUCUGGUA